AUGGAGCCCGCCGCCGCCGCCAACAUGAUCGCCAGCAAACCGGCCGACGAUGCGCCGUCGCCGUUGAAGGUGGGACAGAUGGAGGGCCAGGAGAAGCCGCAAACGCAGCCGAGGCAGGCGGCGACAGCGACGACGAAAAAGAAGACGACGCAGCCGUCGAUGCGAUACCCCUUUUGGUUCGGAGGCAGCGCCAGCAGCAUGGCCGCCUGCGUAACCCAUCCCCUAGAUCUGGUCAAGGUCCGCCUGCAAGUCCGCCGCCCUGAUGCGCCCAAGAACAUGAGCGGCACCUUCGCCCACAUCCUCCGCAACCACGGCGUGACCGGCCUCUACAACGGCCUCUCGGCCUCGCUCCUCCGGCAGAUGACGUACUCCACCGUCCGCUUCGGCGCCUACGAGGAGAUGAAGGUCCGCGCGACCCGUGCCAACGGCGGCAAGGCCCCGUCCUUCCCCGUUCUCGUCGCCAUGGCCUCGGCCUCGGGCUUCGUCGGCGGCAUCUCCGGGAACGCUGCCGACGUCCUCAACGUGCGCAUGCAGCAGGACGCCGCCCUCCCCGCCGCCGAGCGCCGCAACUACGGCAACGCGCUCGAGGGUAUGCUGCGCAUGGCCCGCGAGGAGGGCCUUGGAAGCUGGUUCCGCGGUGUGCUGCCCAAUAGCAUGCGCGCCGCCGCCAUGACGGCCUCUCAGCUCGCCUCGUACGACACCUUCAAGGGCCUGCUGAUCGGCCACACCCCUAUGGGGGACAACCUCACCACGCACUUUACCGCCUCCUUCCUCGCCGGCGUCAUGGCAGCCACCGUGACAAGCCCCAUCGACGUCAUCAAGACCCGCGUCAUGUCGGCGACCACCCAGGAGGGGCUGGCGCUCACGCUGGCCAAGAUCUACAAGGCCGAGGGCUUCGGGUGGAUGUUCAAAGGCUGGGUGCCCAGCUUCCUCCGCCUUGGACCUCAAACCAUCUGUACAUUCAUCUUUCUAGAAAUGCACCGCAAGGUCUACAGAAAAGUCACCAGCGUUGGUGACAACGAGGAGCCGUCCAUUAAGGGGUAA